AUGGCCGAAGUUCCUACUUUCAAGCUUGUCCUCGUCGGUGACGGUGGAACUGGAAAGACCACCUUUGUCAAGCGCCAUAUCUCGGGCGAGUUCGAGAAGCGUUACAUCGCCACCAUCGGUGUCGAGGUCCACCCCCUGAUGUUCACCACCAACAAGGGUAACCUCGUUUUCAACACCUGGGAUACCGCCGGUCAGGAGAAGUUCGGUGGACUCCGCGACGGCUACUACAUCAGCGGCCAGUGCGGUAUUAUCAUGUUCGACGUGACCUCGCGCAUUACCUAUAAGAACGUCCCCAACUGGCAUCGCGAUCUCGUCCGCGUGUGCGAGAACAUCCCCAUUGUUCUGUGCGGCAACAAGGUUGACAUCAAGGAGCGCAAGGUCAAGGCGAAGACCAUCACCUUCCACCGGAAGAAGAACCUCCAGUACUACGAUAUCUCGGCCAAGUCCAACUACAACUUUGAGAAGCCCUUCCUGUGGCUCGCUCGCAAGCUUGUUGGUGACAGCGAGCUCGACUUUGUCCAGGCCCCCGCCCUGCACCCCCCAGAGGUCAAUGUCGAUGCUGCCCUGAUGCAGCAGUACAACAACGAGAUGAUGGAGGCCGCCGCCCAGCCUCUGCCCGAGGAGGACGAUGACCUGUAA